AUAAUAAUAAUUCAAGCUCCUGUGAGAGAGAGAGAAGUUGAUCUUCCGAAAGCAAAGGAAUCAUAUCCCAGAAGCAACCUCACAGAAUCCUAAUUGCCUCAUCCAAACCCUAACAAACUCUCCCCUUUCAUGGACUUUGUCUUCAAUGCUCUAAAUCAAAAUCUGCUCUCCGUUUUCGCCUCAAGCAUCUGAUUUUCAAGCCAUGGAUUCGCAACGUCUCUUGCAUUUUUUCUUUCUUAACUCCAAUCUAUAGUACUGAAUUGAAAGAACGAGAAGAAAAGCCCCUGCCAUGGAGUUUCAGGAAGCUCUUAUGAGGCUGAUCAUACACAAGCCUAUACAGAAAGGAGUUCUGCUUGAAACCCAAGAAAGUGAAAAGAAGAAAUGGAAAAUUUUCUCCUUUCGCAGAUUACCAAAGCAAGAAAUCCCCAGAGAAUUUCUUUGUCCCAUUUCUGAAAAUCUCAUGAAUGACCCUGUUAUUGUCUCCUCUGGUCAUUCUUUUGAGCGUUCUUGUGUCCAAGCCUGUAAUUCCCUUGACUUUACUCCCACUCUAAUGGAUGGUACUAUUCCUGAUUUCUCUACUGUUAUUCCCAAUCUUGCUCUCAAAUCUGCCAUUCUCAACUGGUGCAACAACAACUCUGUACAGCCGCCGAAACCUCUUGAUUUCUUCUCUGCAGAGAAGCUCGUUCGUGCAAAAAUGGAUGCCCAACAAGAAGAGAAAGGUUUGGUUCUGAGGAUUAAACAACGCCCUUUAGUGAAUCUCAUGAAUCAAGCAGCAAUUGAUUCCCAUUUAUCCUCCAGCUCUGAGGAAUCCAUCGACACCAUAGAUUCCACACCUCCACUGCAGCUCACGACUCGGCCUAGUUGCUAUUCCUCUGCUUCUUCAUCCUCAGAAAUGGAAACCUUAAACCUCAACCCAAACCCAGAAGAAGAAGAACUCAUUACAAAACUCAAAAGCCCACAAGUGUUUGAGAUAGAAGAAGCAGUAAUUUCACUGAGAAAGAUCACAAAAACGAAAGAAGAUACAAGAGUUGAGCUAUGCACUCCUCGAUUACUCUCAGUGCUACGAUCUUUGAUCACCUCAAGAUACACUAACAUUCAAGUGAAUUCAACUGCUUGUUUGGUUAAUCUUUCUCUCGAGAAAGUGAACAAAGUUAAGAUUGUAAGAUCAGGGAUUGUUCCUGCGUUGAUCGAUGUGUUGAAGGGAGGAUUUCCAGAGGCCAAAGAGCAUGCCUGCGGCGCAAUCUUCAGCUUAGCACUCGAAGAUCAUAACAAGACUGCAAUUGGAGUUCUGGGUGCUUUGCCUCCACUCUUGCACUUGCUCCGAUCCGAGAGUGAGUGGAGUCGUCAUGACUCGGCUCUGGCUUUAUAUCAUCUCUCACUCGUUCAAAGCAAUAGAAGUAAGCUAGUUAAACUCGGUGCAGUACCCAUUCUUUUGGGUUUGAUCAAAUCGGGUCAUAUGAGAAGUCGGGUUUUGCUCAUAUUAUGUAGCUUGGCUUCGUGUCCGGACGGGCGGGCAGCAAUAUUGGAUUCGGGUGGGGUGGACUGUUUGUUGGGUUUGUUGAAGGAGAGGGCAUUGGAAUCUGAGUCAACUCGAGAAAGUUGUGUUUCUGUGUUGUACUCACUGAGUCACGGUGGUUUGAGAUUCAAAGGGCUGGCAAAGGCGGCCGGAGGAAUGGAGGUAUUCUCACAAUUAGAGAAGUCAGGAAGAGAACAAAUCAGAGGAAAGGCAAGGAAAUUAUUGGAAAUGAUGAAAGCCAAAGAGGAAGAAGAGGAAGAGGAGGUGAAUUGGGAGGAGCUGCUUGACUCGGGGUCGAUGUCAUCAAAUCCGUGUCGACACGGUGGUGAAAAGGAAGAGUCGAGUGAAAACUCGUCCGAGUUAUGAGUUAAAGGGUGUUAUUUUUCAUAUUUUGGAUUUGUUACUAACACUUUUGGUUCCUUUUGUUUUAUUUUCUUUUUCUAAUUCCUAAUAUUGUCAAAAGUGAUUGGACAAUGAGAAAAUUUACAAAAACAUUGCUUU